AUGCGGAGGUAUUGAUAGUGUAAAGUUAAUUUAAAAUUUUUGUUAUCAUGCCAAGUGUAUUGGAUUUCAUGUUGCAUUACAUCAUUAUCUGUGUCGUGCCUGUUGUACCUGUACAAGUGCGUUCUGUCAAGUGUCUAGAAGACGAAGACUUAGAAAACGGUUACCUAGAGAACGAAGGCCUAGAAAACGCAGCUCUGCUAUACUCGUCAUAAUCGCGUCUACUCUCAAAUACUUAAUCAUCGAUCCUGAACGACACAUCUUUAACCCAGAUAACGUGUGUUAAAAGCAUUUUACUUUUGAUAUAAAACUCGUGGACAAUUAACUAUGGAACAUGUAGGAUUCUAUAUAACUGCAGCUUGCUGUGAUAAAAAUGGGUGAGCGAAAGACGCUAUUGCGUACGAAAUGAGCGAAGUUUUAAUAGGGAUAUAAUUUAUGAUCACAGGGUAGUCAUAAAGAUAAUAUAGCAGCUAAACCAGCAAAGUUCUUGGUCAAAAUGUGCGAACUUGUAUUUUAAUUUGAAUAUAUAACAACAAACGCGAAUAAAAGACCACUAUAAAAGCCGAAAACAGCAGUUCGGGAGAAUUGGCAGUGAAAGAAGAGAAGGUGACGUCGGCGUAGAAUAAUGGGGACGUUUAUUGUUUUUCAUAUUGUUUUUCAUGUGUAUUCAAUGACAGAAAAGUGUUUUUAGUGCCGCCGGCGCUGAUGAGUCAUGGUGAGUAAACGAAAGUUUUGUGUUUUAACUGGCCUCCCACGCGGACGUUCUUGGGGGUUUGUCCAGCGUCUCGUGCUGUUUUAAGCGCUAUUUGUAUAGGUAAUAGCAUGGUUAGUACUGAUAUUUGGCAUAAAUACCACGAGUGAUAUUUCAAAAUUGUUAUACGUAAUUUCACGAGCCGUUAGGCAAAUGAAAUUUGAGACAAUUUUGAAAUAUCACGAGUGGUAUUUAUGCUAAAUACUCACGUACAAAUCAUGCUAUUAGAGAGUUUUAGAUCGGAGUUUACCGCGAACCUCUAACCGCUGGAGGUCACGUGACAAGUCUUUCGCGUCACGUUUGAGGUUUACGACGUGCGUUUUCAACGUGGAGAGGUAGGUUUUCACGUAUGUCAUUUACCUGGAAGAUUUUAGCGUAUAAUUCUUGUUUCAUCCCACGUAAUGAUACAAAAAUCUUUUGGAGCAAGUCUUUAUCCAUUAACAGAGGCACAAAUUCGGGCGAAAUGCUAAAUUUGAUAAAUCCUAUUGGAUCUUGAAAACAAGUGCCAUUCAUGGCUGCUGAUUUAAAAUGGCUGCCGUAAUUUAAUCCACCGCCAAUCUAAAUCGAAUUAUGUUUGAACGUCGAACCACAAACGGGUAACCGCAAACCGCGGUUAGAGGUUCGCGGUAAACUCGGAUCUAAAACUCUCUAUUAUUUGUUUUUACUUCUACCCGCAAGAGGUUUGUAAUUUUCACAUGUAGGUAUUUCAAAUUAAGCUGAAAUACCAGUGCUCUAAGCCAAUCAAAUUGGAGAAAUUUCUCAUGUAGUAGUAUAAUGGGUUUCAGACAAAAUCCGUUCAUUUUUAUACCCUGUUUAAGACAAGAGACUGGUUUUCAUGACCCUGUUUAAGACUUUAGCCCAAAUGCCCUGUUUAAGGAGAUGUUUUCUUUUUAGAUAGUAUAAAAUACAAUACAAAACGGGGAAAAAUAUAUUUAUUUGAUUUGUUUUGGAGUCACAUACAAAAAAAUGUUUUUGAAAUUACUGAGAGAACAAAAACUGAUUAUUUCAAAAAACUUCGUUAGACACGUAGACCGCACACCGCCAAAAUUCACACCCCGUUUAAGGCUUCGGGUCUAAAAAGACACCCUGUUCAAGACGCCCAAUAGUGAAAUUAUAUAAUUAUAUAUCCUGUUUAAGACUCAAGACCCUGUAAACCAUACUCCGUUCAGCGGAACAUACCCUUAUAGGGAGAGUCCCCUGGGUCAACAACGGCCCCAAACUUAAAGGGGCUGUUUACAUGGAGGGAGGAAGAUUCUAACACUAAGAAGAUUCUAGAAUGUUCUAGAAGGCAGAUCAUCCUUAUUAAGCUAGCGCCAUAUGUUUUCAGUUCUGUAUUCAGUUUACAUGCAAAAAGUUGUACUUGUCCCUAGCGCUUUUCCGCUAGGAUCCUCCUCCCUCCAUGUAAACAGCCCCUAACAGAGGAUGGUCUUCUGCCUGUGGUUUCAGAGGUUGAAAUUUAGAACCUUUUCAAAACAAUAAAUUUUUUUUCUUCAGAUAUAAACGGAUAGAAAUUAACCGUCAGCCGUGGAGAAGUUCACAAAAUAUUACUUAAAAAACCGUAUAAAAUGUUACAACCCUAUGAAGACCAUUCGGUUAAGGAUGCUAAAGGUGGAUUUCAAUCCAAGGAAUUUCUACUUCCUCAGAGGUCUCCAAUUUGCUCUCUAUAUCAAAGGUUUAUCAUAAAAAAACGUCACUGUAAUUUUCGAGUUGAGUGACACGACAACAACGGUUGCGUUGGAAAGUAUUUUUGAAGUUGUAGAUUUCAGAUCAGAUUGAUGUUUAAGGUUACGUUCACACGGCAAUGGUUAAAACAUUUGACCGGACACUUCGUUCACACGGAACUUUGAACGGCUUGGCGUCUUAGGGGGUGUUUACAUGAGAAAACUCGCCCAGGCGCGAGUUUCAUACCGGGACGACUUUUUAUUUCGUAUCGCGUUUACAUGAUAACUGGGUCAUUUCAUAUCUCGUUAUUUGAAGGUACACUUCAUGUUGAUAAAAUACACAUAAGAUUCAAAAUCGCAAACAUUACGCAUGCGCUACCCGUUCCAGUCUACCGGCAGACCGAUUUCACACCAAAACAUGUGGUCGUUUCGCGUUUUCAUGUUCCCUUUGUGAGAUUUCGUACCGGAGUGAAAUUCUCACCCCGGUACAACAACCGGGGUGAACUCACGUCGGGGUGACUCGCGCCGGCAUAACAUUUUGUGGUAGUAUCAUGUAAACAAAUGUAGAGCCACGAGAGGGAACCGGAGUGAACUCGCGCCGUCACGAAGGUCGCCCCGAUGUCAUGUUAACACCCUCUUAAUUUUCGUGCUGCUAAAAUGGUUCCAUGUGAACGGAACACCUCAACACACGAAUUUUCCACCAAUCAACAACAACAACAUAAGCUUUAUUUGCAUGACUAUAAUUGUGUAGUUACAGUAUUGCAAAAGUUUUAACAUAAAAACAAACAAACAAACAAACAAAUCAUAACAAUGAUAAUGCAUAGGUGUACGGGAAAUUUUUUACCGGGGGCGGUAAACCAUUUGCCCAAAAAAUUCUCGCAUGUGUCCCAAAUUUUUACAAAAGAGUCGAAAAGAAACGAGGGCCAUAUUGCAACAACAUAGGCCGUAAUGGCGUAUGAAGGUGGCUCGAUACAGUUUUUCAGGGUCAAUACCAAGUCUGAGCAUAAACUACGUCGCCAUAAACAAACAUUAGGAAAAAUUGCCACCGCAGUAGAUGAAAAGUUGUCAUGAUCAGGGUUGCAAUGACAUCAGAGUUGUCAUAACAUCGAAAUCACGCCAUUACCUAUUUUACGUUCAGCAAAAUUAAAAAUUCACGGCACUGGGAACCUUACAAAAUCGUUCACAGGAGCUUUUUUCGCCAAUACGGUCUUCUCGAUGUUUGCAAAGUUUAAGCAAAAUCUGUAACAGCUUUAUCGAGAUAGUUUGGGAUGAAGUUUUUACCGUUAGAAAUACGGUAAGAAAAGGAAAAUCGUGAGGUUUGGCCGUUAUCUGUAGAAAACGAAGCGCUUUCGACAUGCAAUUUCACCUCAUAGUAGUUUUAAUCUUUUUAAAAACGUAUGUGAAAGAUCGUGGAGAUAGCUCUGCCCGAUUGCUAGAAAGAGGGAUUUGAUCAGUAUGUAUCGCGGCGCUCUUGUUAGCGGUUUUGUAAACAUUUCGGUCUACUUUAACAAAUUAGCGAAUAAUUUUCGCACUCGAUAGAUUUUUUGAAUUGAGAUUCUUCUCGUAAUUAAAACUGAGAAUUAGUCAGCCACCCCUUCGUUUUCAGACCCACCCUGUUAUUCGAGUGGAGAUGAUUCUAGAAAGUUAUGCAAAAGUUUAUUCUAAUCAAUUCACGACUGGAUAGCCCAUUCCAGCUGGUGCAGUGCAGUACGGUACCCAACAAUAACAAAAAAAUAAAUGUGUAAAUUACUCAUCACGCGAUUACUGUCUCGUGUGAAUGUAACUGGGUUAUUGCACCGACUUCAGGUUAAUAUUCAGGUCUUCAAAAUAAUUAAAUAACCAUGGAGAAGUCUUUAAAAACAGGCUUUGCCCAAAUUUUCUCUUGCUGCCCAAAAAAUCUGAGUUGCCCAAAAUUUGGGGGCGCUGCAGCCCCCCUCGCUCCCCCGGCCCGUACGCCUAUGGCAAUGCAAUAAUUACUAUAGUCAAUCAAGUGUCAUCAGCAUGAUUUGAUAUCAAAUUAUUACGUAAAUCAUUGCAUAAAGAGACAAAUUUCAACAAAUGUGAAUUUACGGAAAAAUUCUGUGAAUUCAUCAAUUUAAUUAUUAAUUCUGUGUAAGAUAGCUGAUUAAAGUCGACAAAAUUUUGUUGGAUUUUAUUGUAGAAUUUCUCCCUUGCGAUUGAGUAUUUUGGACAAUGGAAGAGAAAAUGAAAUUCGUCUUCAAUUAUACCAGAGUUACAAAUAGAGCAGAAUCUAUCGUUGCGGGAAGUUUGAUUAUAUCAUCCAGUUUCAAUCAUGAGUUUGUGUUUACUUAUACGAAUUUUCACUAAAUCUUUCCUAUUAGCAGAAUUUCUAAUUAAGUCUAGACAACUUGAAAUUUUAUAAUCAUGUUUAAAUAAGCUGUAAAAUUGUAGUUUCUUAGAAUGAUGGAUUGUAUGUUGCCAAUAUGUAAUAUGUUUUUGUUUUAUUAUGUCUAUAUAGUGUUUAAUCUUAGCUUUACUUAAAUUAUUAGGAUCAAAAUCAGGGAGGUCAUAAUAUUCAGAUAUUUUCAUAAGAUUAUGGUAAAAGCUAUUUUUCCCAUUACAGUGAAGUUCUAGCGAAGUACGAAAGGCUUGUUUAACAACAGUAUCCUCGUUUUUACGUAGAAGAUACAAUAUGUAAUAAAGGAUGUUUUUAUAAAUAUUAAUAAUUAAUGGAAACCGCCCUAAUUCACUUCUACUUGCAACAUUUAAAGCUUUAUUGCUCAUUUCUAGGUAACGCUUGCAAAAUUUCAAGAGGGUUUUUUCAGUUGGGGUAUUGUCCCAAGCUUUAAAAUCAUGUUUUACAUAUACACCCCAAAUUUCGCUAUUAUAUGAUAAUAUUGGGGAAAUCAUGGUUUCAAAUAUUUUGCAAGCAAGAGAAGGUUUUAAUUUUCUAAAGUUUGUGUGUUUUCUUAAACUAAAAAGAGCAUGAAGAGCCUUCUCUUUCAAGUGUUCGAGUGAGAUAUUAAAAUUACCGGUUGAGGAGAUACGGGUUCCUAAAUAUGUAUAUUCAUGGACAAUAUCAAUGGUUUCUUUACCUAUAUGGAAUUCUAGAUUGGAGUUUUUCUUCGCUCGUUUUUGAAAGACCAUAACUUUGGUCUUUUUGGAAUUUAUAUCUAACAUCCCAAGAGUUGCAAAAAGAGGAUAAUGUGUUGAGACAGUUUUGUAAUCCUAUUUUAGAUCGUGAUAUAAUAAUUAAAUCAUCAGCAUAUAAAAGCGAAUUUAAUUUGGUACCAUUUGAAAGGAUGAUAGGGUCAGAUAAAGUAUUUUGAAAUGCGGACGGUAAGUCAUUAACGUAUAAAUUGAAAAGUAAGGGGCUUAAAAUACAGCCCUGGCGUACGCCAAUCGAAAGUUUUUCCCGUGCCGUGUGAGCUAAGCUAAACGUGAAUUGUAUUUCUGUAUGCGUAAUAAGCAGUGAAUUCACACGCAAGGAGGUAAUGAAAUUUCUGUCAGCCCAGUUUCCUUGAAUUAGAUAUAUAUUUCUUCAUAGUCAUUAUAUCCAUUCAAAGAUUUUUCAGUCAGAGUUCAGUCUGGCAAAUACAGAGAAGUUAAGGUGAAAAAUUAACUGCUCAUUUGUAUGAAUUCAGGAAUGCAGAUUUGAAUUUGAUACAAGCUGCGGAAGACGUUAUUUUGAGCUAGCUUGAAUAAAGCAUCUUGAAAGAAGUGCUGGUCGUCAGGUAGCCUCCAGGAUGAGCCUUCGAUUGUGGCCUCCUCUUGUCUUUAAAGAAACCGCUCGUUCAUAGGUUAUGAAACAAGACGCAAAAAACAGUUAUUCUUUAAUUUUCAUUUAAACUGUAAUUAAAUUGAACUACAGUUCAACUUUGUUUUCUAUGCCGUUGUUUUGCAGGCCUUCGUUUUGUAGUUGGUCGUUUUAUGGGUGGGAGGUCUUCGUUUUCUAGGUCGUUUUUUUUUUCUAGACACCGUCAAAUGAUUGAUAAUUAUCGACUUUGCGGUGGUUUUAAUGGUGUUAGCACGGCGGCUGUUGUUUGUCACAAACUAGACCUGUGGGAAUUGAGCAUUUUUCCUUUAUAAAAUACUUCUUUUGUUUCAAUAAAUCUGCUUAGCUGCUGGUCACGUGAGUGGAAACGCUCUAUACCUAAUCUACUAUUGAGAAAGAAUUUUUAGCGAGUGUUUCUAGAUUUACACAUGGCAAAUAUGAGUUUCACGAGUCAUUGUGUUCAGUAUCUGUCACUAUUUUCCGGUGCCCCAUUCUGAGGAAAGUUUGCUCUUCUAAUUUCACGUAUAUUUUCUUUCAGUACUUUCUCUUUCAGCCGAAAGUAUCAUGAGUUUAGGCGGAAGUUGUGACGUUUUUUUUUUGAAGGAAGGUGACCUACUUGCCAAGCUCUUGAAGAGGGAAGGUUUAGGGAAUCGUGAGUCGUGAAUCAAAUUAUUUUCAAAUGAAAGAAAACAAUUCAGCUACAAGCUGACGGGUUUUGGCGUUCUUUAUGAAUUACAUUCUUGGCAAAAUGUCAAAAAAAAAAAAAAAAAAAAAAACGUUCGCAGGCAGGUGUGGCUAUUUCCAGGCCCCCUUCACGCUUUUUAGUUAUUUGUUGUUGUAGUCGGCAUCUCGGCUGCCCUUUCGCCCUUUAACCUCUGUCAUUUCAGGAACAAUUCAGUCUGUAAUAUCGCCUGCAAGACAAAAAGCUUAUUACUAAAAAUAUAUCAAUAUAUCUGUUAAAGGCAGGAGCUAGGGGGAUGUCCGCUGACAUGUCCAACAGAUAGAGAACCCUUGGAAAGAAACAAGGUAAACUAGAGCUACGUUUCUUGCAAAAACCUCGCGAGCUGUAAAGAAGAAAGGGAAACUUGUCAAAGGGGAAAAUAGAAUUUAAAAAAAAUAAAUGGGUAAAAAUUGUACAACAAAGAAAAAAAACUACAGCGUCGCCGACAGUCGAACCUUGGCCUUCUUCAUUUGGUAAAGUCAUUAUUUUCAAAGCAUUUUCCCGUUAAAUUCUGCCAAUAGACGCUGUUAUAUAAGAAGCCAGUGCGGAGAGCUUUAGAUAUUAUGAAUUCAAAGAUACAUUUUUAGAGAAAAUUAGCUUAAACGCAUAAUUCAAAGCUUUUUUGCACAACUUAUUUUGGUCGCAGGAUGUAAAUUUUUAGAUAAGUUAAUUAAGGGGUAAAAAUGGUGUUUCUAUCUAUAGACAUUUGCCCCCCUUUUUCUACAUUUCAGGACAUUUUCCCGGACAAAUCAACUGAAAGAAAGAUUCUGUCACUAAUCAUUAAGUGUCCCAGUGAAGGUUGUGAAUGGACCGGUGAGCUAAGGGAAAAAGAGGUCAGGAUAGUGUUUCGUGUUCCAAAUUUCCCUUGUUCCCCCUGCAAAUAAAAAUGAAGGUGAUGAUUGGGCCGUUUUGAUUUUUGAGUUCCACCAACCCUCUGUUUUAAAUAAGGCCUAUUGUACAACUUGUUGCAAAAACUGGCCUGGUGCAAUACCUUAUAAUUACACUGGAAAUCAGAAAGAUCUGUUUUAGCCCUAAAAAAUAUAUAGGGCCGUUUCGGUGAGGAAAAUACAGUUCUAUUUUUGAGUCUAAUUUGGCCCCCUUAAAUCAGGGCCAAUACAGUCCAAUUAGCUAGGGCUGAUUUGGUCCCAGGGCUGAAAUGGGCCCUACCGUGGGCUGGAAUAGCCUUUUGAUUAAGCUUUUUUGGCCUAAAUUGUGUUCAAAUGGCUCCAGGAAGGGCUGAAUCGGACUUUGGCCUACAGGUUGAAUUGACACUUUGGAGCUGAAACAGAUCUUUUUAAUUUUCAGUGUAUGUAAAAAUGCGUUCACUUUGCUUGAAAUUGAAAUUAAUUUCAAAGAGUCGCAAUUACCCUUUGGUUUAGAAAAGAGGAUAAGAGCAACUCGAAAGUGGCCUAUUAAUAGUCUACAAACGUACCCAAAGAAGGGGUUCUUCUGGGGUUACCCGUUACCCCUGCCAAAUGAUAUAACAAUUGAUUCCUCCCUAUAUUUGGGGUAUGUGAAAAACCUUACUCGAUAUAUAACAUUUCACAUCUGUUAUGAAUUAAGUCCACCUGAAAAAUGUAGCCUCGUAAUGUAAGUGACUGCAUUAUGCUGAGUGUUAGCUGUUCGUAACUUUUCAGCUUGGCUUAUUACAAUUCUGUCUCAAUAGUAGUCCGCAUUGUGAAGCUUCAACCUCCAGGCUGUAUCUUUCCCCUCACCAUUCACGGGGCUUGAUUGUUAUGUUAAGACCUGAUUACACUCUUGGUCCUCUAAUUCAUCCUCAGCAUUUCGAAUACAUAACGCCAUGUCUCAAAAUUUUGCUUUCCUUCGCUAUUUUCUUCAUAUUUUCAUUUUUUAUUCUCGGCAGGCACAUCUAGAA